AUGCGUAAGAAGCCAAUUGUAUCUGAGAGAAAUGAACUUCUUAUUCAGUUUUUAUCAGACUUAAGUUUAACUGUGGAUGGGUUUAUUGGUCACUACAAAUUCAGGCCAAAAAAACUGCCGGCAACUACAGCACAGCCUGUCACCACCACAUUCCCUGUAACCACAGGACCCAUCACCCACAACCCGGGCCACAACGCACGCCUCGCCAAGGUGAUCUUCCGGGAUCCGUACCGGUUUAAGAAGUGGGUGGAGCUGUUCAUUGCUGCCGAGGGCAUUCACACGGACCAGUUUGUGUAUUGCGGCAAGAAGGCCCAACUCAACAUUGGCAGUGUGCUCCCUGUGGGCACCAUGCCCGAGGGUAUGAUCGUGUGCUGCCUGGAGGAAAAGCCUGGAGGCCGUAGCAAGCUGUCCUGGGCAUCUGGGAACUAUGCCACCAUUAUCUCCCACAACGCUGAGCCCAAGAAGACCCGUGUGAAGCUGCCCUCUGGCUCCAAGAAGCCCUCCACCGUCUGCAGAGAUGACCCUGCUGGCUGCAAAGUGGGUCUCAUUGCUGCCCGCCUGACUGGACAUCUCUGGGGAACCAAGACCGUGCAGGAGAAAGAGAACUAG